AUGUCCAAAGAUAAUUAUUUACCUAAAGAUGAGUUCUUAUCACUUAAGAACUUGCCUAAAUCAAAUGAUGUAAUAAUUACUAAGCCUAAUAAGGGAAAUGGCAUUGUUCUGUUGAGCAAACAGGACAGGAUGAUGGAUAUUAUCUCUGAUACAAGUAAAUUUAAUCUGAUUCAGAGAGAUAUUUUCUCAGUCUUGUUACAAUGUGAAGUAAAGGAUUCCCUUACCUUUGCCAAAGAAAUCACCAUUUCGACAAGUGCUACAGGUGAAACAGGCCAAGGCUUCUCGAAGGAAAAUUUAAGGAAGAUGCUUGAAGUGUCAGUCAAAGAUUGCCAUUUCGUUUUUAAUAACCAAUUGUAUAUGCAGCGAGAUGGCGUAGGAAUGGGAUCACCGCUUGGUCCUACGCUUGCUAAUGCAUUUUCAUGUCAUUAUGACCACAUCUGGCUUUCAAACUCCCCUAUACAUUUCAAACCUUUGUAUUACAAAAGAUUUGUCAAGAUUUGUAACAAAGAAAAUGCUCAACUUUCCCAUCAUCUACUCAGGCGAGCCAGCAUUCAGUUAAAACUAAAAGUAUCCAAACUAGUCAAUGAAUUCUACCCACAGGUCAAAUUAAGUUAUAUUCAGAACAAAGAACACUAUUCAAAAUCUUUUCAAAUUCAAAGAUACAGUACCCACUGA